AUGCUUCAUGCACUGGUGAAAAUUGUCAACCCAGACAACACAGCCCUCGCGGAUGAUGCACCAGUUGGACCCGUAAAUCUACUGUUUCCUUCACUUUUUAGCCAGAUAGAUGUCAAACUGAAUGAAACUCUAGUGUCUCAGCCAUCAAAUACAAAUGCGUAUAGAGCAUAUAUAGACGUGCUGACCAAUUAUGGGCACGAUUCAAUGACAUCCCAGCUGACCCAGCAAUUAUUCUACAAGGACAAGGCCGGAUAUUUGGACGUGGUAAACCCCCUCCUCGAUGAGGCUGAUGUAAACAAGGGUUUGAAAAAGAGACAGGAAUUCACGAGUGGGAGUAAAGUCGUAUCAUUAUUGGGACCCUUGUACGGAGAUAUUUUCUUCCAAGAAAGGCUCAUGCUCCCAGGCGUGGACGUUAAAAUCAAACUUAACCGAAACAAAGAUGCCUUUUGCCUGCUCACGUCGCACGCAACGUCCAAGUACAAGAUUAUGAUUCAGAAGGCUUCCCUCUACGUCAGGAAGGUGAAAGUCAACCCAUCCGUCAUGCUAUCGCACGCAAAAGGCCUGGAAAAUACCCCUGCCAAGUAUCCAAUAAACAAAGUAGACGUGAAAUCUUUUACGAUACCUGCAGGGAAUAUGUCCGUUAACAAAGAUAACCUUUUCCUGGGUCAGAUUCCCAAUCGUAUCAUCGUCGGAUUCGUGGAUAAUGACGCUUACAACGGGAGCUACCGAAAAAACCCUUACAAUUUUAAGCAUUAUAAUUUGAAUUACAUUUCAAUCACAGUGGAUGGAGAACCUCUUCCCAUGCGGCCUCUCAGGCCUUGUUUCGAAGACGGAGGGAGCCAAAAUUAUAUAGAAGCUUACAAUACGCUGUUUAUGGGAACCAGUCGUCUAUUUUCAGACCGUGGAAUAGCUAUAAAUAGGGAAGAAUAUGCCCGAGGAUACACACUUUACGCAUUCGAUCUCACCCCCGACUUAAGCGAUGGUUGUCAUCUCAAUCUUGUCAAAGAAGGGAACGUACGUCUCGAAGCAGGAUUUGAUGUCGCUUUACCCAACACCCUGAAUUGUAUCGUAUACUCUGAAUCACAGGGGCUUAUCCAGAUUGAUAGAAGUAGAAAUGUCAUCUACGAUUUCAAACCGUGA